UCAGAUUAAAAAAAUAAUAAAUUGCCACAACACGGUCCUGAAACAAAACUCUUAGCUGCUUUAGGAGACACGUAAAGUUGAAGAGGAAACCCAGAGACAGACAUGACUGACACCGAGGGAGUCCAAGACAGAACACACCCAGCUGAACCUGCUCUUGAAGAACAAGUCCCAAGAACACACCCAGCUGAACCUGCUCUUGAAGAACAAGUGCCAAGAAAAGACCCAGCUGAACCUGCUCUUGAAGAACAUAUCCCAAGAAAAUAUACUAAGGAGCCUUCUCUUCAAGAACACGUUGCAGGAAUAUGUACAAAUGAUGACAUGACUUACACUGAAGAAAUCCAAAUGAGUUUCCCACUUGAAAAUUCUGAAGAAGACCCAGAAACACUUACAGUCACAGAAGUUGUAGAUACAACAGGCAUAGAAGAUGAAGGUAUAACGGGCACAGAAGGGACAUUGAACAUCUUGAUAAAAAGACUGCGAUCCAAUUGGCAAGCUAUUUUAAUUGGGAUUUUGAUAGUGCUUAUGUGUGGUGUGACCAGUGCCCUCUUAAGUCAGAUAAAUAAACAGCAAUUUCUGAUUGCAAAAUUACAACAUAUGCCAGAGGAGACAGCAUGGAAUGAGAAACAGUUUAAAGUGGAAAACAUUUUGCUAAAACAGCUUCUGAACUGUACCUAUCAGAACCUCACCCUUCUGGGUACUGAGAACAAGCAACUGAAGCUGCACUUGAAUAACAUCUCCCAAGAAAAUAAACAACUGGACCUGCUCUUGAACAACAUCACCCAAGAAAAUUCACAACUGAACCUGGUCUUGAAUAACAUCACCCAAGAAAAUAAACAACUGGACCUGCUCUUGAACAACAUUACCCAAGAAAAUACACAGCUGAACCUGCUCUUGAAUAACAUCGCCCAAGAAAAUAAAGAACUGAACCUGCUCUUGGACAGCACAUUGAAAGAAAAUACGCAACUGAACCUACUCUUAAACAAAACAUCGCCUGAAAGUGUACAACUCAACUUGCUCUUGGACAACAUGUCCCAAGAAAAUACACAACUGAACGUGCUCUUGAACAGCACAUUGCAAGAAUAUAGACAACUGAACUUGCACUUGAAGAACAUGUCUCAAGAAAACACACAACUGAAUCUGUUCUUGGAGAACAUCUCCCAAGAAAAUGCACAACUGAACCUGCUUUUGAACAGCACAUUGCAAGAAAAUACACAACUGGACCCUGUCUUGAAGAAUAUGAUGGACGAAAAUGCACAUCUCAACUUGCUUUUGAACAAAACAUCACAAGAAAAUACAGAACUGAACCUGCUCUUGAACAAAACAUCACAAGAAAAUACACAACUGAACCUGCACUUGAACAAUACAUCACAAGAAAAUACACAGCUGAAGCUACUCUUGAAGAACACAUUUCAAGAAAAUACACAGCUGAAGGUAUUCUUAAGGAACAUGUCCCAAGAAAAUACACAACUGAACCUGCUCUUAAACAAAACAUCACCAGAAAGUACACAACUGAACCUACUGUUGAAGAAUAUGUCACAAGACAGUCAACAAGUGGACCUACUCUUGAAGAACACAAUGCAAGAAAAUGCACAACUAAACCUGCUCUUGAACAACAUUGCUCAAGAAAAUAAAGAACUGAACCUCUUCUUGGAGAACAUGUCCCAAGAAAAAACACAACUGAACCUGCUCUUGAACAACACGUUGCAUGAAAAUACACAACUGUACCUACUCUUGAACAACGUAUUUCAAGGAAAUACACAACUGAACCUCCUCUUGGACAGCACAUUGAAAGAAAAUACGCAACUGAACCUACUCUUAAACAAAACAUCGCCUGAAAGUGUACAACUCAACUUGCUCUUGGACAACAUGUCCCAAGAAAAUACACAACUGAACGUGCUCUUGAACAGCACAUUGCAAGAAUAUAGACAACUGAACUUGCACUUGAAGAACAUGUCUCAAGAAAACACACAACUGAAUCUGUUCUUGGAGAACAUCUCCCAAGAAAAUGCACAACUGAACCUGCUUUUGAACAGCACAUUGCAAGAAAAUACACAACUGGACCCUGUCUUGAAGAAUAUGAUGGACGAAAAUGCACAUCUCAACUUGCUUUUGAACAAAACAUCACAAGAAAAUACAGAACUGAACCUGCACUUGAACAAUACAUCACAAGAAAAUACACAGCUGAAGCUACUCUUGAAGAACACAUUUCAAGAAAAUACACAGCUGAAGGUAUUCUUAAGGAACAUGUCCCAAGAAAAUACACAACUGAACCUGCUCUUAAACAAAACAUCACCAGAAAGUACACAACUGAACCUACUGUUGAAGAAUAUGUCACAAGACAGUCAACAAGUGGACCUACUCUUGAAGAACACAAUGCAAGAAAAUGCACAACUAAACCUGCUCUUGAACAACAUUGCCCAAGAAAAUAAAGAACUGAACCUCUUCUUGGAGAACAUGUCCCAAGAAAAAACACAACUGAACCUGCUCUUGAACAACACGUUGCAUGAAAAUACACAACUGUACCUACUCUUGAACAACGUAUUUCAAGGAAAUACACAACUGAACCUCCUCUUGGACAGCACAUUGAAAGAAAAUACGCAACUGAACCUACUCUUAAACAAAACAUCGCCUGAAAGUGUACAACUCAACUUGCUCUUGGACAACAUGUCCCAAGAAAAUACACAACUGAACGUGCUCUUGAACAGCACAUUGCAAGAAUAUAGACAACUGAACUUGCACUUGAAGAACAUGUCUCAAGAAAACACACAACUGAAUCUGUUCUUGGAGAACAUCUCCCAAGAAAAUGCACAACUGAACCUGCUUUUGAACAGCACAUUGCAAGAAAAUACACAACUGGACCCUGUCUUGAAGAAUAUGAUGGACGAAAAUGCACAUCUCAACUUGCUUUUGAACAAAACAUCACAAGAAAAUACAGAACUGAACCUGCUCUUGAACAAAACAUCACAAGAAAAUACACAACUGAACCUGCACUUGAACAAUACAUCACAAGAAAAUACACAGCUGAAGCUACUCUUGAAGAACACAUUUCAAGAAAAUACACAGCUGAAGGUAUUCUUAAGGAACAUGUCCCAAGAAAAUACACAACUGAACCUGCUCUUAAACAAAACAUCACCAGAAAGUACACAACUGAACCUACUGUUGAAGAAUAUGUCACAAGACAGUCAACAAGUGGACCUACUCUUGAAGAACACAAUGCAAGAAAAUGCACAACUAAACCUGCUCUUGAACAACAUUGCUCAAGAAAAUAAAGAACUGAACCUCUUCUUGGAGAACAUGUCCCAAGAAAAAACACAACUGAACCUGCUCUUGAACAACACGUUGCAUGAAAAUACACAACUGUACCUACUCUUGAACAACGUAUUUCAAGGAAAUACACAACUGAACCUCCUCUUGGACAGCACAUUGAAAGAAAAUACGCAACUGAACCUACUCUUAAACAAAACAUCGCCUGAAAGUGUACAACUCAACUUGCUCUUGGACAACAUGUCCCAAGAAAAUACACAACUGAACGUGCUCUUGAACAGCACAUUGCAAGAAUAUAGACAACUGAACUUGCACUUGAAGAACAUGUCUCAAGAAAACACACAACUGAAUCUGUUCUUGGAGAACAUCUCCCAAGAAAAUGCACAACUGAACCUGCUUUUGAACAGCACAUUGCAAGAAAAUACACAACUGGACCCUGUCUUGAAGAAUAUGAUGGACGAAAAUGCACAUCUCAACUUGCUUUUGAACAAAACAUCACAAGAAAAUACAGAACUGAACCUGCUCUUGAACAAAACAUCACAAGAAAAUACACAACUGAACCUGCACUUGAACAAUACAUCACAAGAAAAUACACAGCUGAAGCUACUCUUGAAGAACACAUUUCAAGAAAAUACACAGCUGAAGGUAUUCUUAAGGAACAUGUCCCAAGAAAAUACACAACUGAACCUGCUCUUAAACAAAACAUCACCAGAAAGUACACAACUGAACCUACUGUUGAAGAAUAUGUCACAAGACAGUCAACAAGUGGACCUACUCUUGAAGAACACAAUGCAAGAAAAUGCACAACUAAACCUGCUCUUGAACAACAUUGCUCAAGAAAAUAAAGAACUGAACCUCUUCUUGGAGAACAUGUCCCAAGAAAAAACACAACUGAACCUGCUCUUGAACAACACGUUGCAUGAAAAUACACAACUGUACCUACUCUUGAACAACGUAUUUCAAGGAAAUACACAACUGAACCUCCUCUUGGACAGCACAUUGAAAGAAAAUACGCAACUGAACCUACUCUUAAACAAAACAUCGCCUGAAAGUGUACAACUCAACUUGCUCUUGGACAACAUGUCCCAAGAAAAUACACAACUGAACGUGCUCUUGAACAGCACAUUGCAAGAAUAUAGACAACUGAACUUGCACUUGAAGAACAUGUCUCAAGAAAACACACAACUGAAUCUGUUCUUGGAGAACAUCUCCCAAGAAAAUGCACAACUGAACCUGCUUUUGAACAGCACAUUGCAAGAAAAUACACAACUGGACCCUGUCUUGAAGAAUAUGAUGGACGAAAAUGCACAUCUCAACUUGCUUUUGAACAAAACAUCACAAGAAAAUACAGAACUGAACCUGCUCUUGAACAAAACAUCACAAGAAAAUACACAACUGAACCUGCACUUGAACAAUACAUCACAAGAAAAUACACAGCUGAAGCUACUCUUGAAGAACACAUUUCAAGAAAAUACACAGCUGAAGGUAUUCUUAAGGAACAUGUCCCAAGAAAAUACACAACUGAACCUGCUCUUAAACAAAACAUCACCAGAAAGUACACAACUGAACCUACUGUUGAAGAAUAUGUCACAAGACAGUCAACAAGUGGACCUACUCUUGAAGAACACAAUGCAAGAAAAUGCACAACUAAACCUGCUCUUGAACAACAUUGCUCAAGAAAAUAAAGAACUGAACCUCUUCUUGGAGAACAUGUCCCAAGAAAAAACACAACUGAACCUGCUCUUGAACAACACGUUGCAUGAAAAUACACAACUGUACCUACUCUUGAACAACGUAUUUCAAGGAAAUACACAACUGAACCUCCUCUUGGACAGCACAUUGAAAGAAAAUACGCAACUGAACCUACUCUUAAACAAAACAUCGCCUGAAAGUGUACAACUCAACUUGCUCUUGGACAACAUGUCCCAAGAAAAUACACAACUGAACGUGCUCUUGAACAGCACAUUGCAAGAAUAUAGACAACUGAACUUGCACUUGAAGAACAUGUCUCAAGAAAACACACAACUGAAUCUGUUCUUGGAGAACAUCUCCCAAGAAAAUGCACAACUGAACCUGCUUUUGAACAGCACAUUGCAAGAAAAUACACAACUGGACCCUGUCUUGAAGAAUAUGAUGGACGAAAAUGCACAUCUCAACUUGCUUUUGAACAAAACAUCACAAGAAAAUACAGAACUGAACCUGCUCUUGAACAAAACAUCACAAGAAAAUACACAACUGAACCUGCACUUGAACAAUACAUCACAAGAAAAUACACAGCUGAAGCUACUCUUGAAGAACACAUUUCAAGAAAAUACACAGCUGAAGGUAUUCUUAAGGAACAUGUCCCAAGAAAAUACACAACUGAACCUGCUCUUAAACAAAACAUCACCAGAAAGUACACAACUGAACCUACUGUUGAAGAAUAUGUCACAAGACAGUCAACAAGUGGACCUACUCUUGAAGAACACAAUGCAAGAAAAUGCACAACUAAACCUGCUCUUGAACAACAUUGCUCAAGAAAAUAAAGAACUGAACCUCUUCUUGGAGAACAUGUCCCAAGAAAAAACACAACUGAACCUGCUCUUGAACAACACGUUGCAUGAAAAUACACAACUGUACCUACUCUUGAACAACGUAUUUCAAGGAAAUACACAACUGAACCUCCUCUUGGACAGCACAUUGAAAGAAAAUACGCAACUGAACCUACUCUUAAACAAAACAUCGCCUGAAAGUGUACAACUCAACUUGCUCUUGGACAACAUGUCCCAAGAAAAUACACAACUGAACGUGCUCUUGAACAGCACAUUGCAAGAAUAUAGACAACUGAACUUGCACUUGAAGAACAUGUCUCAAGAAAACACACAACUGAAUCUGUUCUUGGAGAACAUCUCCCAAGAAAAUGCACAACUGAACCUGCUUUUGAACAGCACAUUGCAAGAAAAUACACAACUGGACCCUGUCUUGAAGAAUAUGAUGGACGAAAAUGCACAUCUCAACUUGCUUUUGAACAAAACAUCACAAGAAAAUACAGAACUGAACCUGCUCUUGAACAAAACAUCACAAGAAAAUACACAACUGAACCUGCACUUGAACAAUACAUCACAAGAAAAUACACAGCUGAAGCUACUCUUGAAGAACACAUUUCAAGAAAAUACACAGCUGAAGGUAUUCUUAAGGAACAUGUCCCAAGAAAAUACACAACUGAACCUGCUCUUAAACAAAACAUCACCAGAAAGUACACAACUGAACCUACUGUUGAAGAAUAUGUCACAAGACAGUCAACAAGUGGACCUACUCUUGAAGAACACAAUGCAAGAAAAUGCACAACUAAACCUGCUCUUGAACAACAUUGCUCAAGAAAAUAAAGAACUGAACCUCUUCUUGGAGAACAUGUCCCAAGAAAAAACACAACUGAACCUGCUCUUGAACAACACGUUGCAUGAAAAUACACAACUGUACCUACUCUUGAACAACGUAUUUCAAGGAAAUACACAACUGAACCUCCUCUUGGACAGCACAUUGCAAGAAAAUACGCAACUGAACCUACUCUUAAACAAAACAUCGCCUGAAAGUGUACAACUCAACUUGCUCUUGGACAACAUGUCCCAAGAAAAUACACAACUGAACGUGCUCUUGAACAAAACAUUACAAGAAAAUACACAACUGAACCUGCUCUUGAACAACAUAUCUCAAGGAAAUACACAACUGAACCUGCUUUUGAAGAAUAUGUCACAAGAAAGUAAACAAGUGGACCUACUCUUAAAGAACACAAUGCAAGAAAAUAUACAACUGAACCUGCUCUUGAACAAAACAUCACAAGAAAAUAAAGAGCUGAACUUGCUCUUGAACAAAACAUCACAAGAAAAUACACAACUGAACCUGCACUUAAAGGACAUGUCUCAAGAAAACACACAGCUGAAUCUAUUCUUGGAGAACAUCUCCCAUGAAAAUGCACAACUGAACCUGCUCUUGAACAAUAUAUCACAAGAAAAUACACAGCUGAAGCUACUCUUGAAGAACACAUUUCAAGAAAAUACACAGCUGAACCUACUCUUAGGGAACAUGUCCCAAGAAAAUACACAACUGAGCCUGCUCUUAAACAGCACAUUGCAAGAAAAUACCCAACUGAACCUGCUUUUGAAGAAUGUGUCACAAGAAAGUACACAAGUGGACCUACUCUUGAAGAACACAAUGCAAGAAAAUAUACAACUGAACCUGCUCUUGAACAAAACAUCACAAGAAAAUACACAACUGAAUCUGCACUUGAAGGACAUGUCUCAAGAAAAUGCACAACUGAACCUCCACUUGAACAAAACAUCACAAGAAAAUAUACAACUGAACCUUCUCUUAAAGAAGACCUCCCAAGAAAAUACACAGCUGAACCUGCUCUUGAAGAACACAUUGGAAAAAGAUGCACAGCUGAAUCUACUCUUGGAGGUCACAUUGCAAGAAAAUACACAGCUGAACCUGCACUUGAAGGAUAUGUCUCAAGAAAAUGCACAACUGAACCUACUCUUGAACAAAACAUCACAAGAAAAUACACAACUGAACCUGCACUUGAAGGACAUGUCUCAAGAAAAUGCACAACUGAACCUGCACUUGAACAGCACAUUGCAAGAAAAUACACAACUGAACCUGCUUUUGAAGAAUGUGUCACAAGAAAGUCAACAAGUGGACCUACUCUUGAAGAACACAAUGCAAGAAAAUAUACAACUGAACCUGAUCUUGAACAAAACAUCACAAGAAAAUACACAACUGAACCUGCACUUGAAGGACAUGUCUCAAGAAAAUGCACAACUGAACCUCCACUUGAACAAAACAUCACAAGAAAAUAUACAACUGAACCUUCUCUUAAAGAAGACCUCCCAAGAAAAUACACAGCUGAACCUGCUCUUGAAGAACACGUUGGAAAAAGAUGCACAGCUGAAUCUACUCUUGGAGGACACAUUGCAAGAAAAUACACAGCUGAACCUGCACUUGAAGGAUAUGUCUCAAGAAAAUGCACAACUGAACCUACUCUUGAACAAAACAUCACAAGAAAAUACACAGCUGAACUUGCUUUUGAACAAAACAUCACAAGAAAAUACACAACUGAACCUGCACUUGAAGGACAUGUCUCAAGAAAAUGCACAACUGAACCUGCUCUUAAACAGCACAUUGCAAGAAAAUACACAACUGAACCUGCUUUUGAAGAAUAUGUCACAAGAAAGUACACAAGUGGACCUACUCUUGAAGAACACAAUGCAAGAAAAUACACAACUGAACUUGAUCUUGAACAAAACAUCACAAGAAAAUACACAACUGAACCUGCACUUGAAGGACAUGUCUCAAGAAAAUGCAGAACUGAACCUCCACUUGAACAAAACAUCACAAGAAAAUAUACAACUGAACCUUCUCUUAAAGAAGACCUCCCAAGAAAAUACACAGCUGAACCUGCACUUGAAGGACAUGUCUCAAGAAAAUGCACAACUGAACCUGCUCUGGAAGAACACAAUGCAAGAAAAUACACAGUUGAACCUGCACUUGAACAAAACAUCACAAGAAAAUACACAGCUGAACCUGCUCUUGAAGAACACGUUGGAAAAAGAUGCACAGCUGAAUCUACUCUUGGAGGACACAUUGCAAGAAAACACACAGCUGAACCUGCACUUGAAGGAUAUGUCUCAAAAAAAUGCACAACUGAACCUACUCUUGAACAAAACAUUGCAAGAAAAUGUAGAGCUGAACCUGCUCUUAAAGAACAUGUCGGAAAAAAAUGCACAGCUGAAUCUACUCUUGGAAAACACAUUGCAAGAAAAUACAGAGCUGAACCUGCAGUUGAACAAAACAUCACAAGAAAAUACACAACUGAAUCUGUUCUUGAAGAACACGUUGGAAAAAAAUGCACAGCUGAAUCUACUCUUGGUGGACACAUCACAAGAAAAUACAGAGCUGAACCUGCUCUUAAAUAAGACCUCCAAAGAAAAUACACAGCUGAACCUGAACUUGAAGGAUAUGUCUGAAGAAAAUACACAGCUGAACCUGCUCUUGAAAAAGACCUCCCAAGAAAAUACACAGCUGAACCUGCACUUGGAGAACGCGAAAGCAGCUAAUGAACACCAGCUUUCAAUCCUGUUCUCGAACAAAAUGGGCUUCCUUUGGAGAUUCUGCAACAGAGACACCCUGCAGUGUUCACGCUGCCCGCCUGGCUGGACUGAGCACGCCUCACGCUGCUUCAUCCUGUCCCACGAAGCAAAGAAGUGGGAAAAUGCUCGCAUGGAGUGUCUUGACUAUGGGGGUGACCUAGCUAUGGUUUGGAAUAAAGAAGACCAGGCAUUCUUGACCAACUUGACUUUUCAGUAUGUACAGCAGAAUCCUAGUGAAUAUUUUCAUUCAGCAUGGAUUGGAUUGCAAGAUAUGGUCAAGGAGGGCACCUUCUUCUGGGUCAAUGGCGACACAAUCAAGUGGAAUGUCAUUUAUUGGAGAGAUCAGGAGCCAAAUAACGCUAUGGCCUCCUGGGACACAAGCCAGGCAGGACAGGACUGUGUUGCCAUUGUUCCACCAACACGCAUUGGAACAAAGGACUGGUUGAACUCCUGGGAUGACAUUAUUUGUAUGGGCAGACGGCACUACAUCUGUGAGAUCACAGCUAUAAUUUUGGGCUGACUGAUGUAACCCCUGUUACACUGACAAGCCUGGGACGAUGUCGGCCGGGCUCCAAAAAUCUGAUGUAUAUAAGUGUGUAUAUAUUUAUAUAUUUAUAUGUCCUGUUGUGUUACAACAGUGCAGCUAAAGUACAAGAAUAUAUGACUAUUUAUAUAUAUAAUAUAUUUAAUGGCAUCUUCACCUGUAUAUAUGUAUACUGGUAUGUAUAUACUGCAUUUGUACUUGUUUCUUGCUUUCUAAAUCAAUGCCAAUGUGGAUGGAAUGUACAAACUGUAAAUCCGUCCCACUUUAAUAAACCUGAAA